GUCUGCCUUGGUGCACAUCGCGCGCUAUGUACGAACUUUGGAUUACUCGAUGUAAGUUUUAUAUUAUGGAAAUAACGUGGAGGUCAAUUCGUGAGGGAGAUCAGGAUCAGGAUGAACAAGGCCGAUGCUGUUUAACGAUAUUACUGUGAAGAUACAAUUUGAUCCCUGAUAAAAUUGUGGCACUAACGAGAUUGUCAUGCUAUGCACUUCCGUCAGAGGACAUAUAAAGCCACACGCAUUUCUAUCUGCACGCAGAGUGAUGUUUGUCCGAUUGCAAAAUGCAACCACUUGGUGUAUUGUUGUUGCUCCUCUCCUGUCAACUUGCUACGCCAAAACCAAUUUUUGAUAGAGAUGGUGCAGAUUUAUUACAUAGAGAAUAUCGAUCAGCUGGAUUCGGAGAAACAAUACGAGAUUGGUUCAGAAUAAUCAAAAAUCGAGUCGUGGGAAAAUGGCAAGAAUGGUUCGGCAACGACGAUCCACCAACUCCGAGUUUCUCACCGCAGGAUAUUUUCAACAUUGAUAAAACUAUAGGAAAUCGAGUACCGGGUUAUCCAAGUUUAUUCUUGGAUUUGUCUAGCAUAUCCUUCGACCCAAAACAAGAUUGGGGAGUUCGGAUUGGUAAUUGGUACAUCAUCCGGAAAGUUACAGGAAAUGAUGACGACAGUUCAGAUAGCGAUUCAGAUGAAUGGGACAUGAGAUCUUUGCUACCAAAUCUACCAUCAUUUCCUACAUUAGGAAUCGAUUGGACGCCUAAUAUACAUGAAUUUGAGAUUCCAAAAACCACGCAACUUCCAAUGACUACGCCGAAAAUUAAAUUGACCACGCCGAAAAUUGAAUUGACCACGCCGCAACAAACACCUCAAACUAAUAUUCAGACUGAAUCAGUUUUAACUGAGUCUACUGUGAUUCUUACCGAACCGAUUCCAUUUACUACCCAGUUAAUUGCAACUUCCACAGAGCCGGUUGUAACAUCAACCGAAGAAAUUCUAACUUCUACUGAAUCGUCUGUAACAAACGAUGAAUCAGAUACGAUAUCUACUGAAUCAAUUUUAACAUCUACGGAAACAAUUCCGGUUUCUAUAGAAUCAACUGUUCCAUCCACUGAGUCUGUAGUGACUUCCACCGAAUUAAUUACAUCAUCCACCGACACAACGUUAGAUUCUACCGAAUCAAUUGUAACAUCUAUCGAAUCUGUUGUAACUGUUACUGAAUCAAUUGAAACAUUAACCGAAGAAAUUGCAACUAGUACUAUCACCGAAUUGUCUGAUCCAACAUCCACUGAAGUAAUUUUACCUGUUUUGAAUAAGAGAAUAGAAGACAACGAAACUGUUAAUACACGUACCACAAAAAAGCCUCGUCCAGCAUCUGCUGAAGUCAUAAUGUUUUAAAAACAUCACAUAAG